ACCCCUAACAAGAGUAAACUGUAAAGUUGAGGCAAGUCGAUUAGAUUGUUCUCUGUGCAAAACCCAAAACCCCACAUGGCGGCUGUUCUCCCGGGCUAGUUGAUCAUACUCCGAAGGUCAGUCUCAGAAAGGAACGGACAUGGCGAGUGACACCGAAGAAAAUCUUCCUUCAUUGCACACCCUUGACCACGAUAACGAAGAAGAUAAACUUCUUCAAAUGGCCAUUUCCGAAGCGAAACAGUAUUCAGCCCUUCAUUCCCGCAGCACCCUGCAGCAGGAUAUUGCGGGUAAUUUUGAGAAUCCAAUCGGAGGAGAAGAAGGAAUGAACAAGCCAAGGCGAAAGAGUAAUACUGCCGUUGUUAAUAUUGCUGCGGAGGAUUAUCAAGUCAGAGGAAAGUUGACCAGGAAGGAAUUGGAAGCAAUGAGGUUUUUGAAUGUCGAAGAGCAGAGGAAGAAGUGGAUCGAGGUUUACAGUGGAUUAGGGCUCGAUGUGCAAAAGGAGUAUAAUGGCCUACUUCGUUCUACCGACCAGAAGAAAAAUCUAGUGGACUUUGAUCCACGGAGACAGCUAGGCAAGUCUCGAGGCCAUGUCUCAUUUGGUGAUAGUAGUACUUCAGAAAUCUUUGGGGGCCAGAAGGAGAGCAAUGAAAAUGAGAACACCAACUAUGAUGACAGUGAUGAUGAUUAUAGUAGUAUCCAAAGGCCUGCAUUUUUUGUUGAGGGAGAACCCGACUUUGAUUCAGGUCCUCCGGAAGAUGGAUUAGAAUAUCUCAGGCGUGUGAGGUGGGAAGCAGAACGUUUGCCAAAAGUGAAGGUUUCCAAGGUUGAGCGAAGCAAGAUAAAGAAAGAACAGAGUGUUUAUAUGCCCUGUAUUCCCGAUAUUGCGACUUGCCCAGAGCACUUACUACCCCUUAAAGAGUGGGAGGAUGAGUUCCUUGCUGAUUUCUCACAGUUGAGACUGGCUUUGUCACAAAUAGAAGGCCCUGAUGUUAGCAUUUCUAGUCCAUUGUUCUCAGCUUAUGUUGAUCAGGAACAACAAUCAUCACAUCACCUCACAAAAGGCAUCAUUGAAGAUACCAGUAACACAACAUCAGGAGAUGAUCACAUCCAAACUAAUGAAGGUGACAAGAAUGCUCUUAAAAAUCCCUGGCCCUCACUUUCAGCUAUUUCAGGGAUGGAACCGGUGACUCGAGCUUCAUUGCUUAGAAAGCGGAUUGCUGUCUUUGAAACGACAACCACAGCUUCAAGGGAUGAUUGCCUGUGGUUAUUCGCUUUAUGCGCAGCUGUUGAUUCUCCACUUGAUGCCGACACCUCAGCUGCCCUUAGAUCUUUGCUCCGCAAAUGUGCAAGCUUGAGAGCUGAAAAAACAACAGUGGAUGAUGAAGUUAUUAUGCUCAAUCUUUUGGCAACAAUAUCUGGGAGGUACUUUGGGCAGGCGGAAAAGUGAAGCAAGGUUGGCACUUGUCAGUUCUCACUCAUUUGACUUUCAUCUAACAUGCCUGGUUUUUUGUGUGUAACUUGUCAAGUCUGGCAAUGAUUAGCAGCCACUCUGGUCGAUCUGGUCCUUAAAUGUUUUUUGUUGUUUCCAGAUUGGAACAUUAUACAGCACAAAGGGCUUUGUUUGGGAUCAAGUUGCUUUAUCGACGGUCAAACAUCGUAAUCUGAAAUGAGAAGUUCUUUUUGGGACAGAGGAAGCCAUUCACAACUGGAGAGGGAACAACUAGAAGAAAGAAAAGGCUUCUGAAGUUGCAUUGAGUUGGCCUGGUUUUGCUGAACUUUAAAGAGAAAUUAAUAGGGAAUAUAAAAGGACCCGAAGACCGGGAUGUGGUACGCAACUUGCAAAUGAUGCGGGAAAAAAUGUAGCAUGGGGGUUUCAGGCGGAUACGGGAUGACAAUGAAGCAUAUGAAGUCAUGUGACAAAGCCAAAGGAUCGGGAGGGGCCUAAAAUUGAAUAGUUCAGUUAUGAUGCUGCAAAGAUUGGCAUUUAGAGGCCGAGUUAUAUAUAGCAGAACUGCGUGUCAGGUCGAGAAAUCGGCAGAGAAGAUUCUCCAUCUCGUUGAAGAGAGGAGAAGUAAAGAAGAGGCUGUUGCUCUAGGAUUUGACAUGGAAUGGAAGCCUAGUUUUAUAAAAGGUGUUUCACCUGGGAAGGCUGCUGUUAUGCAGAUAUGUGGAGACAUGGACAAUUGUUAUGUUUUUCACAUAUUCCAUUCUGGAAUCUCCCAGAAUCUACAAUUGCUUCUUGAGAACAACACAAUACCAAAGGUUGGAGUAGGCAUUGCUAGCGAUGCUAAAAAGGCUUUCAAAGAUCAUAAUAUAUGUGUAAGUAGUUUAAUAGAACUGUCUACGCUGGCAAAUCAAAAGCUUCAUGGAGGUCCUUCAAAAAGGAGUUUAGCAUCUUUAGCUCUAGAACUCCUUCACCAAGAGCUUCCUAAAGAGAAUUUCAUCAGAUUGGGAAAUUGGGAGACUGACAUAUUAUCUGAGGAACAACUUGAUUAUGCUGCCACAGAUGCUUAUAUUUCAUGGAAACUAUACCAUGCAAUGAUGGAGCUUCCUAAUGUUGAUAAAGAAAGCAAUUAGGGAAGUGAUUAAUCUUUUGAGUGGACCCCGUAAAAAUCUAAUGGCGUGUCACGAUUUCACUGGAAUAUGUCGGACUACUUCUGCUGCGACUCAAGCGAGGCUUGGAGGAGCCAGAGUCGUGGAGACGUGGAGCCGCAGAGGAAAGGGAAAUUCGACUGUCACUGCGAGCAUGCGAGCUACUCAGGCCCAGAGCUAUCAGGUGUGGUCGCUGCAAUUCCAAUUUGUCAAGUCUGUGAUAGAGGCACAACAAAACCACAUAGCAUAGAAGUAAGAUCGGCGAAGCAGGCGAGUUCAGAAGCAAGCAAACAAUGAAAGAGAUGCUAGGACUUCGUGAGGAUUUCCAAGUCCAUGAAAUUUGAUUAGAAUCUCAGAGAUUCUAUCCAAUUCCAUUAAAAUUCAUUGAAAUCUCACUCCUUUAAAAUUUUGUGAAAUCUUAAUCCAGGACACCCCUAAGUGUUCAAAAGUUUUGUGACUAUAAUUUU